AUGCCUCCCAACGCGGUCCAGCCGAACGGCUGGGUAGCACUGAAGCUUCCGAGCUCCAUUGUGCGAGUUCUACAAGCAACCCCAAAUACGACGAUAUCGCUAGGCAAAUAUGGCUCCUUUCCGAGCAACCUCAUCAUCGAACGACCAUUCUACCUGACGUAUGAGGUCCAGGAGAAACGCAAAGGAGAAAACUUUUCCCGCCUUCGCGUCGUCACGGGCCAGGAGCUCAACGCCGACACGCUCGCCGAUGCCAAUGCCGACGACAACGUGGCGGACGGCGAUGAUCUGAUCAUGGCCGAGAACGGGGAAGAAUUCUCACUCGUCGACGAAAGCGGCAAGGUUGUCGCACGUUCGAACCGCGAAAUCAUUGACGACUCGGCGCGGCAGACACUCACGUCAGCCGAGAUCGAAGAGCUGAAGCGGAAGGGUGCCUCGGCGGGCAAGGAGCUCAUCGCGAAGCUCAUGCUUUCGCACACGGCCAUCGACCAGAAGACGGCGUACUCGCUCGCCAAGUAUAAGCUUCUCAAGGAGAAAAAGUUUCUCCGGCGAUUUACCGUGCUGCCGCUCGACGUCACCAUGCUGGCGCAGUGGAUGCUCGAGGACCGCGACGCGAGCAAGAUUCUCGAGAUGCGUCAGGAGACCAUGGCUCUCGUUGGCUGCUGGGCGGACGUGCAUUUCGGCGGUCUGCCGGCAGAGACACUGUCGAGUCCGCAUGGGGGGCGAUGGCUCGCCAUCGACGAUGCCUCGGGCUUGUUGGUUGCCUCGAUGGCCGAGAGGAUGGGAAUCCUUCAUCAGGAUCCAAAGGAGGAUCAGGAUCCAAAGGAGGACGAGCAGAGCCAGCCGCACAAACGGGCAACGCCGGUCGCAUGUCCCGGGGACGGCCAAGGCGACAAGGCUCCGCCCUCCCCUCAUGCUGAGCGCAAUCCACGGAAGCGCCACCACGGGGGCGACCUGGAUGACCACUACGCCCUCACCAACAGCAUCACCCUCAUCCACUCCAACACGCAGCCCAACCUCUCACUACUCCGCUACUUUGACUUUGACGUUACCGACCCCAACCCACCCCAUCCGUACCACCCGCUCUUUACCAACCUCUUGCCCCUCUCGUGGCUCCAGCUCUUGCGUCCCGAAGAAGACUGCGCCUACACGGACAAGCCCGAGGAUGUGCCGGACGAGGAGCUCGCGACAUGGAAAACGAACCGACGGGGCAAUUACCACCGCAAGCGUCGGCGAUGGGCACGCACCCGGCAAAUUGUCGACACGGCCCGCGCCGGCGGCUUCUCGGGCCUCGCCGUCGCGAGCACCAUGGAUCCUGUAUCCAUCCUGCGACACACCUUGCCUCUCCUCGCCGGUGGGAGCCCGAUAGCCAUCUACUCGUCGUCGAUUGAGCCUCUGACGCAGCUCGUCGACUGCUUCAGCAUCGCACGCCGCGCCGCCUGGAUCCAGUCUCCGCCGACCACGGGCACGGCUGCCGAGCUGGAUCGUUGGGAAGGCAGCGCCGAGUUCCCCGUCAACCCCACGCUCGUCCUCGGCGCGAGCGUGCAGACGAGCAGGGCAAGACGCUGGCAGGUUCUGCCGGGGAGGACGCAUCCCAUCAUGACGGCGAGGGGCGGGCCUGAGGGCUAUGUUUUUACAGGCUGGCGAGCGCUUCCGGCCGAGGGGAGGGUGUCGGCGAGGGGCAAGUUUCAAAAGAAGAAGACGGCGGAAUGA